AUGGACAUCAAGCAACUACUCUUGCAGCCAGUAAACAGACCAAUCUCUUGUAUUGAGAUGCAUACUUGUGGCGAACCUACACGAAUCGUUAUUGACGGAUACCCUGAUCUCCAUGGAACGCUGCUGGAACAGCGUGCGGAAGCAAAGACCAAAUAUGACUCCCUCCGACAACGAGUUUUGCUGGAGCCUCGCGGACACUAUGACAUGUACGGUGCAAUACUUCGCCCACAAACGGAGCUUACCACGAGCAGCAAGGCCGACAUGGGUGUUCUCUUCAUGACUAACGACGGCUACUCUACAAUGUGUGGUCACGCGACCAUUGCGCUGGGACGGUUCCUCGUCGAUACCCACGACCUCCAUGUAUUCCCGAGGAGAAAUGAGAUAAAGUACGAUCAUCACACCCGUCAUGCAGUCAUAAACCUCCAUGCCCCAUGUGGGCUCGUUGAGGUGACUGUGCCGACCAAUGAAGAUGGGUCGGCAUCUGACCCUCAACGCCCUGUCUCCUUCGUUUCUGUCCCUUCCUUUGCAAAGGGUAUCAAUAUCACAAUUCCUAUACCUGCCCAUCUACGGUGGUCCGAGCUGCAAGAAGACAGGACCGAAGUACGCGCGAGCUUUGCGUACGGUGGAGCGUUUUAUUGCAUUGUUACGGCCGUGGAGCUAGGAUUUGCUAAUGGCCUUAGAGCAGUCGACCUUGAAGCACUGAAUCGUGCUUCGCGGGGUCUUAAAUCAGCAAUACUGGACAACGCAUCUCUCUCACGCUACUAUGAGCAUAGAGCUGAGCCGGAGAUGUCCUUUCUGUAUGGAGUGAUUGUCACUGACCACAUGGAGGCACAGAACGAAUCCGUGUCCGGAUCUGAACUGGGGGUAUGCUAUUUUGCUGCCGAAGAAAUCGAUCGCUCCCCAACUGGAAGUGGAGUGGCCGCUCGUGGUGCACUGGCGUAUCAUGACGGGACUCGCAAAGCAAACGAGUCGUGGGCAUAUCAUUCUUUGGUUUCCAAGCUCGGGAUCGGUCCGCCGUUUAUCGGGACGGUUUUGGAGCGAAAUAUGGUCGGUCAACCCGACGAACCAUCGGCAACUUCGGAAGACAUGGAAGUGAGGGUCAAGGUCGAGGGCCAAGCUUACUACACUGGAUUCAGCACCUUCUCCGUGGAAAAGGAUGACCCACUGGGAGACAGUGGAUUCGCUUUCAGGAAUCUGAGUGUUCCAUGA